CUAAGCUAUGAGGUUCUCCUUAUGCCUUCAAUCAUGGCCAAGAUUCCACCAAAAGAAGGUUCUCAGGUCUACCUCCUCCUCUCCAUCGCCUUCUCCCAUUUCAACGAAAAGGGUCGCUGGGCAUUUGCCUACUAUGGCGUCCCAUACACACAUCACCUCCUCUUACCAUGGCUCCACAUUUUAACCACCAAGCCAAUCGUGGAACAGGGAGUCUGCAACCGCGAGCCAAGAGAUACAAGAUCCUCCCCCUUCUCAACUCCCUGUCUCGCGAUCUACAAUGCUUCUAGAACGAACCUCCGAGAAUCAGUCCACGACUCGCAUGACAUCCUAGUCUACCUCUCCGAGAAAUUCUCGAGUCCCGAGCAUGUGAACCUUUAUACCUCCUGCGGCCCAGAAAAGGAAGAGGAGAUUUAUACCCUCGAGAAACGUUACGAUCAAGGUCUUGGUGUCGCUGUUCGCGAUAUCUUCUACCUCGAUGUUUUGGUAGUUAAUAAAUGGCGUGCGAUGCUUCCCUUUGCCCUGGUUGGGUUCAAAAAUAGAGUAGGGAUAUUGCAAUCGUUGAUCUGGUUUUUGCUUUCGCCACUCCUGGGGAGGAUGAUAACGGGUGUGCUGGACAUAAGACUUGAGAGAUAUCAGAACGCGAUGGAAACUUGCCGCGAAGAGUUCAAACAUGCAUCAAAAUUACUUGAGACCUCAAAGUAUCUGGCUGGAGACUGCUUGAGCGCGGCUGAUAUUACAUUUGCAGCUCUUUCAUUUAUCGUUCUUGGCAUUACUCAUGAAGAAGGUUAUCAACUCCAUGAAUUUCCGUCUAAUGGCUGGUCUUCCCAAGCGAGAGCUUUUCAGCAGGAAUUGAGAGCUACGAAGGCUGGCCAGCAUGUGUUACGACUUUUCAAGGAGGAACGCUAUUUUGGAACACCUCUUCCAAGGCAGAAAAGGACUGUACUUGGACUCUGGUAAUCACUGCUAUCCUGUUUCUGUUGAAUUUGAGACCACGGAAAUAAUGUAAUUGCAAUGUUGUACCUGAAAUGAGGAAAUGGAAAAGUAUUUGACGAAGAAAGAACAUUCAAGAGGCUAAGAUAUCGCUUUUGAACCGGAGCAAUAGUCUUAGCAAUAAUAAUUAAGGUAUUAGUACCUUAUUAAUACUAGAUAGUAUUAGUCAAGCAUUGCAAGAAUUAUACUAUAUUAAUUCGAAUCGAC